AUGGGAGGAGGUUUUGGCAGCAGGAGUCUCUACGACCUUGGGGGCAACAAGAAGAUCUCCAUCAGCUUGGCCGGAGGCAGCUCCUGGGCUGGAGAGUUUGGGGGGGCCCGCAGAGGCAGUGGUUUUGGAGGUGGUGGAAGAGGAGCUGGUGGCUUUGGUGGCCCUGGGGGUUUUGGUGGGCCUGGUGGUCCAGGUGGCUUCUCUGGGAGAAUCCAGGAAGUGACUGUCAACCAGCUUUUGCAGCCCCUCAAUGUGGAGGUUGACCCCCAGAUUGGGCAAGUAAAGACCCAUGAGCGGGAGCAGAUCAAGACCCUCAACAACAAGUUUGCCUCCUUCAUCGAUAAGGUGCACUUCCUGGAGCAGCAGAACAAGGUCCUGGAGACCAAGUGGAGCCUCCUGCAGGAGCAGGGCUCCGGUUCUAAUACCAACAACCACAACCUUGAGCCUUUUUUUGAGAACUACAUCAGCAGCCUCAAGGCCUUCCUGGAUGGGCUGCACCUGGAGAAGGACAAACUGCAGGGUGAGCUGAGGGGCAUGGAGGAAACUGUGGAAGACUUGAAGAAGAGGUAUGAAGAGGAGAUCAACAAACGUACAGCUGCAGAGAAUGACUUCGUAGUCUUGAAGAAGGAUGUCGAUGCUACCUACAUGAUCAAAGUGGAACUGGAGGCUAAGGUGGAGAGUGUGACAGAUGAGAUCAACUUCCUGAAGGCCCCCUACGAUGCCGAGCUGUCCCAGAUGCAGUCAGACACCAGUGACACAUCUGUGGUCCUGUCCAUGGACAACAACCGCUGCUUGGACCUGGACAGCAUUAUUGCUUAGGUCCGCGCUCAGUACGAGGUGAUUGCCCAGAAGAGCAAGGCCGAGGCCAAGGCUCUGUACCAGACCAAGUUGGGGGAGCUGCAGACCACGGCCAGCAGACAUGGGGAUAACCUGAAGAACACCAGGAAUGAGAUCUCAGCGCUCAACAGGAUGAUCCAGAAGCUGCAGGCCGAGAUUGAGAGUGUCAAGAAGCAGAAUGCCAACCUGCAGACGGCCAUUGCUGAUGCAGAGCAGUGCGGGGAGCUGGCCCUCAAGAACGCCAAUGCCAAGCUUCAGGACCUCAAGGCCGCCCUGCAGAAGGCCAAGGAGGACCUGGCCCGGCUGCUGCGUGAGUACCAGGAGCUCCUGAGUGUGAAGCUGGCCCUGGAUGUGGAGAUCGCGACCUACUGGACCCUCCUGGAGGGCAAGGAGUGCAGGAUGUCUGGAGAGUGCCAGAGUUCUGUGAGCAUCGCGGCGGCGGGGGAGCCCCGGGAGCCGGUGCCCCGGGAGGCGGCGCGCUGGGAGGCGGAGCUGGGGCCCGUGGGGGCCUGGGCUUGGGGCGGGGCUCGGUGGUGCGCGAGGGGGGGGGGGGGCUUCUCCGGUUCUGGGGGCUCCUGCGCCGUCAGCGGGGGCGGCAGCAACAGCUCAGGCCGCAUCUUGCAAAGCUCCUCCCAGAGCCAGCGGUCCCACCACAAAUUCUGA